AUGUCGGCUAAUAAUACACAUUUGAACGUAUCAAGUUCAAAUGGUACCAAUCAGAAAUUAAGAGUUAGAUCAAGACGUUCUUCAUCAGUUGGUAGAAUUGAUUUAGGUGAUACAGUUUCUGGUCUUGGAACAAUGUACGAAUCUAGGUAUUCAAAAAAUGCAGCACAACAAAGAAUGAAAAGAUUAACAGAUGAAGGAAGAAACGAUAUUGAUUUGAUUAAAAAAAUGUGGUUUUCAUUUAGAGAAGUUAAUUAUCGUCAUGCUUGGGUUACACCAUUAAUUAUAAUGAUAUUAUCAUAUAGUGCAUAUUUUACUUCAGGAAAUUUGACAGAAUCAAAUCCUUUACAUAUGUUUGUUGCAAUAUCGUAUAGAGUUGAUAAUACAGACAUGUAUAGUAAAGGCAUUAAAGAUUUAGCAUUUGUAUUUUAUUACAUGAUUUUUUUCACAUUCUUACGUGAAUUUUUAUUAGACAUUGUUUUGCGUCCUUUACCAAGUUUAUUAAAUGUGGAUUCAAAACAUAGAAGUAAAAGAAUUAUCGAACAAGCUUUUUAUGUGGUCUAUUAUACUUUUUCAAGUCCUUUUGGCCUUUAUUGUAUGUAUCAUUCUGAUCUUUGGUUAUUUAGAACUGAUACAAUGUAUAUGACUUAUCCAGAUACAAAUAAUCAUUUUUUAUUUAAAGUCUUUUAUUUAGGUCAAGCUGCAUUUUGGGCUCAACAAUCUUGUGUCCUUGCAUUACAACUAGAAAAGCCAAGAAAGGAUCAUGAUGAAAUGGUUUAUCAUCAUAUAGUAACAUUAUUGUUAGUUUGGUCAUCUUAUGUUUUCCAUUUUACAAAAAUUGGUUUGGCCGUAUACAUUACAAUGGAUAUUUCAGAUUUAUUCUUAUCAAUUUCAAAAAUUUUAAAUUAUUUGAAUUCUUCAUUUACUGAACCUGUAUUUGUAUUUUUCAUUUGCGUUUGGGUUUAUUUACGUCAUGUUGUUAAUAUUAGAAUUCUUUGGUCUGUAUUAACACAGUUUAGAACUGUUGGUAAUUAUACAUUAAAUUUUGCAACACAACAAUAUAAAUGUUGGAUCUCUUUACCAAUCGUUUUCAUUUUGAUUUUCGCUUUACAAGCUGUUAAUUUAUAUUGGUUAUUCUUAAUCUUAAGAAUUCUUUAUAGAAUUUUAUGGAAGGGGAUCACUGAAGAUACAAGAAGUGAUAAUGAAGAAUCGGAUGAAUCGGAAUCUCAAGAAGAAUCUCAAGAAGAGACAAAGAAAGAACAAUAA